UCGUUACAAGAAACCUAUCUAGAUCACUUCUUACCAUAAACCCCCGAGACAAGCAGGUGAUGUCUAGGACCAACAGAGAAGCGGCCAAUUACGUAUUGUACUAGACCAAAACAACCGUCACCGAUCACUAGGCCUACGAUUCUUACGACCUGGCCCCUUCUAACAUUUUUUUUCUUGAAUAAAUACUAAAUUUAUUCAUCAAAAAGACUUGUUUACAUUAAGUGGGUCCUUUUUGGAUAUAAGAGCAUGAUUAACGGAGGUUCUUAAGGUAAGAUUCUUAUCGGAAUAUUCAGCUAAAAACUAUGUUCUAAACUACUACUUCUGCUCCUUUCCUUUACACUUUCACUUCUUGAAUAAAUCAUAGAUUUAAACACUAGCCUUAACCCUUAACGAAAGAACAAGUUGUGGGAGUGGAUAUUCUCCGGUGAGAAUAACCUACUAUAACCUACUACACUACGUGUUAACAUACAAUAGGUAAAAAGCGGCUUUGUCCGCUGUUAGAACUUGUCUGAAAGUAAAGUAUGUGGUCCAAUAGCAAUACCAUCUCGUGACACAAUCUUAUUUCUGCGACAAUUAAAAACUCAAUCCUAAACCCAAUCAUAUAAUUGAUCGCAUAAUGUUGCCCCUAAUAUUCUCUAAGUACACAAUAACUGAACUGAUCAUCUAUAAUUUAAAAUCCUUUAUAUCACUGUAUAUUUCUCUUUGGAAACUAAAAACCACAAACUUUAUUAAUUAAUAUUUGCUUAAAACUUGUCUAUAUGUUUAUUUUUAGAAUUUGAAUAUUUCCCCACAAACAAAGCCAAAUCUCUGAGAUUCAGACCCAAAAAUAUGAGAGGUGGAUGUCAGAAUAUUCAGAGCAGAGGAAGAAAAAAUAAAAAUAAAAGAUGCGGCUACUGGUUGGAAUAUCCUUCAGCAUCUCUAACCGCACCUUUUAAUAUUCUCUUAUUUCUUUUAACUUUUAAUAUCUUUUUCGGUUUUAAAAAGCAUCUUCUUCUCCCUCCCUCCUUCCUCAUCAAUCAUCGUCAUUCACCAUUCUCCCUUCUCUUCUUUGCUUCGCAUCUCAACCAAACUCCUCUCUAUUUCUCCGCACAAUAAUAUAUUAGAGAUAGAGAGAUACAGAUUUGUAUAAUUUAUACAUAUAUAUAUAUAUAUAUAUAGUGUAAGCGUUACAAACGAACAACUAACCAUGAAUUCUCGUCGAUCGUUAACGUCCGCUACGGCGGCGACUAUGAGUUUUCUAUUGUAUAUCUGCACAACCGUAGUCGUCACCAACGGUGAGCUUCAGAGAUUUAUCGAACCGGCGAAGAGCGACGGUUCUGUUAGUUUUAUAACCAUCGGAGAUUGGGGUCGCCGCGGUGACUUCAACCAGUCUAAAGUCGCUUAUCAGAUGGGAAGAGUUGGAGAAAAGAUAGGUUUAGAUUUCGUGGUGUCCACGGGAGAUAACUUCUACGACAAUGGAUUGUUUAGUGAAUACGAUCCCAACUUCAAAGAGUCUUUCUCUGAUAUCUACACUGCUCCAAGUCUCCAGAAACAGUGGUACAGUGUCUUGGGGAACCAUGAUUAUAGAGGUGACUCAGAGGCUCAGCUAAGCUCUGUUCUCAGAGAAAUCGACAGCCGUUGGAUCUGUCUCCGAUCAUUCGUAGUCAACGCAGAGUUAGUCGAGAUCUUCUUCGUUGACACAACUCCUUUCGUGAAAGAAUACUACACAGAAGAAGACGGUCACACGUACGACUGGCGUGCGGUCCCAUCUCGCAAUUCUUAUGUCAAGUCUCUCCUCCGUGACCUCCAAGCUUCCUUAAAAAGAUCCAAAGCCACGUGGAAGAUCGUCGUUGGUCACCACGCCAUGAGAAGCAUUGGUCACCAUGGAGACACUAAAGAGCUAGUGGAGGAGCUACUUCCGAUUAUGAAAGAGUACGGUGUUGAUCUCUAUAUGAACGGACACGACCAUUGUCUUGAACAUAUCAGUGACGAAGACAGUCCUAUUCAGUUUCUGACUAGCGGUGCUGGCUCCAAGGCUUGGAGAGGAGAUGUUGACCCGACGACCAACAAUCCAAAGUCUGUGAGAUUCUAUUACGAUGGUCAAGGGUUCAUGUCUGCUAGAUUCACUCACACGGAUGCAGAGAUCGUCUUCUACAAUGUCUUUGGUGAGGUUUUGCACAAAUGGGUUACUUCUAAACAGCUUCUUCUUUCCUCUGUUUGAUUCAAAGGCCUAAUAAACUGGGUUUCUUUGUAAUUUUUGUAACAUAUUUUUUAAGAUAAGUUUAGCAUCCCUAUCACUCUUUAGUU